CCUUUCCAUUGGAACGAUCUCGAUCGAAUUCGCAAUGCAGACAGUAUUUGGCUAAGACGCUUUCUUGAAAUGUACGAUUUGGAAAUGCAAGUCGCCUUAAAUAAACUAUGGGAAACUUGUAUGUGGCGGCAGGAGUAUGGAGCUUACGAUUUAAAUGAAAAUAAUUUGGUUAAAGAAUAUCUGCACGAUGGCGUCGUAUUUGCGCACAACAAAGAUGUGGAUGGCAAGACAUUGCUCAUCUUUCGCACAAAGCUGCAUGUGAAGGGCACAAAGGAUAUGGAUGAAGUAAUACGCGUUGUGGUCUAUUGGAUCGAACGUAUACAUCGCGAAACGAAUAUGGAUAAAAUGACGAUUUUCUUCGAUAUGGCCGGCACCGGUGUGUCAGGCAUGGAUCUGGACUUUGUCAAGCGAAUUAUUGAAACAUUCAAAAUGUACUAUCCGAAUACAUUAAAUUAUAUACUCGUUUUCGAAAUGGCUUGGAUGCUGAAUGCUGCGUUUAAAAUCAUAAAGGGUUUCCUCCCAGCCAAAGCGCUGGAAAUUCUCAAAAUGAUAUCGAAAAAGGAUAUUACUCAGUACGUGGACAAAAAUAAUUGCCUUGCCAGCUGGGGAGGCAACGACCUUUAUGAGUUCAAAUUUGUGCCUGAAAAAGUGCAGAGGCCAACAGCAUUAACUGUGAUAAGUAAUGGAACACUGCCAACGAAGGCACCACUCACGCCAGAAUCACCGAGCAACAAUGAAAAGAAGCACCAUCAAUCGGAUUCAGACCAACUCAUAAAACCGCGCAAGCAGGCUCACAACAACUUAAACAAUUUUAAAAUCAAUCGGAUAAAUGGUGUUGGAACAUAUAAGUUACAAUCAAGCACACGGUCACGCAAAUUAAAACGUUUAUAUUUAAAAAAGAAAUGGAAAGUGAAAGUAAAG